UCCACCUACAUGGUCCCUUUCCUCUGUUUUGCUCCUGACUGGACAUGGGAAUGACGACUGUCAUCGGAGCCGACCGAGUCUGGAUGCUGAUGAUCCGGCUGGGGUGAUCUCGGUUGUCCUUCACCGGGCAAAUCACUUGUGCUGCAUUCUAAUAAUGAUUUUGGUGGAAUUAAGUGCUUUUUUUUUAUUAUACCGGCCCUUAAUUACAUCACCGUGUGAAAAAAAAACUUUCGUUUCCUUUAUAAAGAAGCUUCACACUCGCUGCCGUUAUUCUAUUUUGUCUACCAGAUCCACGGUUCUAAGAUUAAAACCUUUUUUGUGAUAUUUAUUUAUAUCCGUUCCUCUCCCCCCUGUGGCAAUAUCAGAUUCCGAUCUACAUCUCUAUCUAUCAUCCCAACUAUAUCUUGUCGACCUUCGACUACCACAACAUCAACAUCAACCACCACCACCAUCAAUGGCAUACACUAGAACUGAUCCUUCGUUCACCUUGAGUGACGACGAACGCAUGUACAUGAGCCAUCACAGUCCCAUGCACCGCCCCUACGAUACCUUCCCCGCCCCCAAGGGUCCCGAUCCCUUGUCGGCCAACUGGAACUACGACAGUGCCAUUGAUCUUUUCUCGCUAAACACCAUGAUGCCCGAGAACUUCGCUCUCGAUGUGCCCAAUGAGCCUAUGGGAGUGGAUCCCAAGGAUUUCCCUGCCGAUUUCUUCGCGCCCCCUCCUGAUAUCAGUGGAUUCACCAUUUCCAACCAUUCGGGCGAAGAUGCCGGUUCCAUCACUUCGGAUCUGGAAAGUGAUGAUCAGUCUUGGUCUCCCACCUAUGCUGCUCCCGCAGAGAUGCUGCCUGCCCCCGGGAGACAAUCCACCCGCCGCAAGACCACCCCAGUUGUGAAACGCGAGACAACAUGGUCUUCCAGUCCUGAACUCGCACCCCAAGAAUACCCCACCCGCACUUCCCCUCAGGCAACUCCCACAUCGCCUCCCGUCAACCGCAAGAUGACCCGCACCACGUCGGUUGACUCCAAUGCUAGCAAUGCCAGCACGGGCCAGACCACGACGGCCACAACAACCAGUGGGCGCAACGCCGCGAAGCGUGCUGCACAUAACAUCAUUGAGAAGCGGUAUCGCACCAACAUGAACGCCAAGUUUGUGGCCCUGGAGAAGGCCAUGUGUGGCGGAGUCCAGAAGUCCAGCAAGGGCGGGUCAGCGUCGCUCAAGAAGUCGGAGAUCUUGACCAAUGCGAUUGCCUACAUGCAAGAGCUGCAGGAAGAGAACAAGGCUCUUCAGAAGGAGCUGGCCAUGUUCAAACAAAACAUGGUCCCCAGCGGGAUGUGGCGACAUACCAAGGGGGCUGAGACAUUUCGCGCUUAAUGCUUGAUUGUUUCGCGUCUCGCCCUGGUUA